GGUGCACAGGGCGGGGCGCGCAGAGGUGACGUCAUGUGAUCCGGAGCCGCUGAUCGCCGCUGUCAUGGCCUCCGCUCGGACCGCGCUGUAAACGCUCCCAAAACGCAGCCAAAACGCGCCCAAACACAAUCCGAACCCACGGCCCGGUCCUUUCCUGACGCCCAGAGAGGGAGCGAGGGUCCCGGGCUCCCGUCCGUCCCCUGGCCGCCCCUCGGGGACCCUCCUAACGCCGCUGCUACUCGUUCUGUCGCUGCGCUGGUCUCCGUGAACCGCGGAAGAAGAUGGCGGACCCGGCGGAGUGCACCAUCAAAGUGAUGUGCCGUUUCAGGCCCCUGAACAGCUCCGAGGUGACCCGCGGAGACAAGUACAUCCCGAAGUUCCAGGGCGAGGACACGGUGGUGAUCGCGGGUAAACCUUACAUGUUUGACCGAGUUUUCCAGUCCAGCACCACACAAGAGCAAGUGUACAAUGCCUGCGCCCAGAAGAUCGUCAAAGAUGUUUUGGAGGGGUACAAUGGAACGAUCUUCGCUUAUGGACAGACAUCUUCUGGAAAAACCCACACGAUGGAGGGGAACCUUCACGACACAGACUCUAUGGGCAUCAUCCCUCGAAUUGUCCAGGACAUCUUCAACUACAUCUACUCCAUGGACGAGAACCUGGAGUUCCACAUUAAGGUGUCGUAUUUUGAAAUUUAUUUGGACAAGAUCCGAGACCUUCUGGAUGUGUCCAAAACAAACCUGUCUGUUCACGAGGACAAGAACCGCGUCCCCUACGUCAAGGGAUGCACUGAACGCUUUGUGUGCAGCCCUGAGGAGGUCAUGGACACCAUCGAUGAGGGGAAGUCCAACCGUCACGUUGCUGUCACAAACAUGAACGAGCACAGUUCCAGGAGUCACAGUAUUUUCCUGAUAAACGUCAAACAGGAGAACACUCAGACAGAACAGAAGCUCAGUGGAAAGCUCUACCUGGUGGAUCUGGCUGGGAGCGAGAAGGUGAGUAAAACCGGAGCAGAGGGAGCCGUUCUGGAUGAAGCCAAAAACAUCAACAAGUCUCUGUCAUCUCUGGGAAAUGUCAUCUCUGCUCUGGCUGAAGGAACCGCCUACAUCCCGUACAGAGACAGUAAAAUGACGCGAAUCCUGCAAGACUCUCUGGGAGGAAACUGUCGCACCACCAUUGUGAUCUGCUGCUCACCCUCCUCCUACAAUGAGGCCGAGACCAAGUCCACGCUCAUGUUUGGGCAGAGAGCCAAGACGAUCAAGAACACGGUGACAGUGAACAUUGAGCUAACGGCUGAGCAGUGGAAGCAGAAGUACGAGAGAGAGAAGGAGAAGAACAAGACCCUGAGGAACACCAUCACCUGGCUGGAGAACGAGCUCAACCGCUGGAGGAAUGGGGAAAGUGUUCCGCUGGAGGAGCAAUUUGACAAAGAGAAGGCCAAAGAGGAGGUUUUGGCUCUGGACAACAUCAUGAACGAGAAGGCGGCAUCCACUCCCAACAUGCCUGGGGGCAGACUCACUGACGUGGAGAAGGACAAGUGUGAGGCGGAGCUCGCCAAACUUUACAAGCAGCUGGAUGACAAGGAUGAGGAGAUCAACCAGCAGAGCCAGCUUGCAGAGAAGCUGAAGCAGCAAAUGUUGGACCAGGAAGAGCUCCUGGCGUCCUCGCGCAGGGACCAUGAGAACCUCCAGGCUGAGCUGAACCGGCUGCAGGCUGAGAAUGAGGCGUCGAAGGAGGAGGUGAAGGAGGUCCUUCAGGCUCUGGAGGAACUGGCUGUGAAUUACGACCAGAAGAGCCAAGAGGUGGAGGACAAGACCAAGGAGUUUGAGUUGAUCAGCGAGGAGCUCAGCCAGAAGUCUUCUGUCUUGUCAUCUCUGGAUUCGGAGCUGCAGAAGUUGAAGGAGAUGUCCAACCAUCAGAAGAAGAGGGUCACAGAGAUGAUGUCGUCUCUGCUCAAGGACCUGGCAGAGAUCGGCAUCGCGGUGGGCAGCAACGACAUCAAGCAUGACGGCGGCAGUGGGCUCAUAGACGAGGAGUUCACGGUGGCGCGUCUCUAUAUCAGUAAAAUGAAGUCUGAGGUGAAGUCGAUGGUGAAGCGCUGCAAGCAGCUGGAGAGCACUCAGUCCGAGAGCAACAAGAAGAUGGACGAGAGCGACAAGGAGCUGGCAGCCUGCCAACUGCGCAUCUCCCAGCACGAAGCGAAGAUCAAGUCUCUGACAGAGUAUCUCCAGAACGUGGAGCAGAAAAAACGUCAGCUAGAGGAGAGUGUGGACUCUCUGAAUGAGGAGCUUGUCAAACUCAGCGCACAGGAGAAAGUCCACGCCAUGGAGAAGGAGAACGAGAUCCAGACUGCCAACGAAGUCAAGGCAGCUGUGGAGAAGCAGAUCCAUUCUCACCGAGAGGCUCAUCAGAAACAGAUCAGCAGCCUGAGGGACGAACUGGACCACAAGGAGAAACUCAUCACAGAGCUACAAGAUCUGAACCAGAAGAUCAUGCUGGAGCAGGAGCGACUGAGAGUGGAGCACGAGAAACUCAAAUCCACAGACCAGGAGAAAAGUCGCAAACUGCACGAGCUCACGGUGAUGCAGGAUCGCAGGGAGCAGGCUCGCCAGGAUCUCAAGGGCCUGGAGGAGACAGUGGCCAAAGAGCUGCAGACUUUACACAACUUGAGGAAACUGUUCGUUCAGGACCUGGCCACACGUGUCAAGAAGAGUGCGGAGAUGGACUCAGACGACACCGGGGGCAGUGCUGCACAGAAACAGAAGAUUUCUUUUCUGGAGAACAAUCUGGAACAACUCACCAAGGUUCACAAACAGCUGGUGCGUGACAAUGCAGACCUGCGCUGUGAGCUUCCUAAACUCGAGAAGCGUCUGCGAGCGACGGCUGAGCGCGUCAAAGCUCUGGAGUCUGCCCUGAAGGAGGCGAAAGAGAACGCCGCGCGAGACCGCAAACGCUACCAACAGGAAGUCGACCGCAUCAAGGAGGCUGUGCGGGCAAAGAACAUGGCGCGCAGAGGACACAGCGCGCAGAUCGCUAAGCCCAUCCGCCCGGGACAGCAGCCGGUGGCGUCUCCCACUCACCCCAACAUGAACCGCUCAACCGGGGGCUUCUACCAGAACAGCCAGAGCGUGUCCAUCCGCGGAGGGAGCAAGGCCGACAAGAACUGAAGUUUGUCUGAAGUGUGACAGAAGCUCGGCCAAUCCUGUCGUCCACUGCAGCGAGGCUCCUCCCCAAUCCACGCGAGGCUCCUCCCUCAAAUCCAUAUAAAUAUCUAUAAAUAAGAAUCCUCCAUCUGUACAGCCCCUUUUCACAUCCUCCCUCCUCUUUUCCUCUCCUUGUCUCUUCGUUUCCUCUCUCCUCUCCUCUUCUUCCUUCCCUCGUCUGUUCCCUCCUCAUCUCCUUAUCUACUCCUCUCUCCUUGUCACCUCUCCUUCCUCCUCUCCUCUCCUCUCCUCUUCUCUUCUCCUCUUCCCCCUGUCCUCUUCCUCUCCUCCCCUCUGACCCCUGACCCUCCUUUUCCUGAGCGCGUGUGUAGCUUCAGUUCUCGGUCGUAUUUUUUCUGCACAUUUUAGUCGUUGCUUUGAGUUUUGGCGCUGUUCUUCUUCUGAAUGUACCAGAGCAAAGCGGAUUCAUCUGCUCCAGUGGAAAUGACCUGAACUCACAAGCUUCAUCUGCGUUUGACAAGUUUAGUCUUCAUCAGUGCUGCGGCGCGAUUCUGUGUUGUUCAGACCUGGUUCAACGCUCUAAAUGAGACAAAACACGAACUCUUUCAGCUUUAAACACAAAAAGCAACGUAAACCAGUCAUACAUAACACAGACUUAAAGGCGCGCUGUGCAACUUUUCUAGUGGGGGAUCUGCUGCCUGUUUGUCUCAAGGUAGAUGGUACUGCUUUACCUGAACGGAAUGAUGUUCCAAUGUACGGCAUUAAACAUAUCUUGCACAUAAUUUUUUUCCUGCUAAAAUAUCGUGGAAAAACAUGCAUCCUUACUAUGAACGGUUUGACCUGUAACUUGGCCUGUACUUUUUAAAUGUAUAGCUUAAAUGCCAUACUUUGGAAUAUUGCAGACAAAAGCAAUGACCAGAAAUGUUACAAGGUGCGGCUUUAAACAAGAAAACUAAAGAAGCUCAUAAAUAAAACAUGGAAACUUGUCAGACGGCGAUUUACUCUUAAGAAUUCGCUUCAUUGUAACUGGGGCAGAGACACUUUUGCAGCGCUUCCCUCCUAUCACCUCUAUACGCUGUACAUUUCUCCUUUAAUAUCGAUAAUAAUAAUAUGGCUUAGACUUUACACGCUUGGUAAAAGGAGAAUGGUUCAAAAAGUGUGUUUAUUCUCGCACUACUGUUGUAACUGCACAGAGGGAGAGGUAUGUAGAUAAAGUAACGCUAACUUAUUAUUAAUGUCAUCACAGGGCGCACAGUGAAGGGGUGCGGAGGCGGUUUUCUGGAAGUAAAUGUGCCUCUGAGCAAGGAGAAGGUUGUGGGUUCAACUCUUGAUCUCUCUCUGGUGUCUUGCUGUUGGAUUUUGUUAUUUCAGACGUGCAUUCGGACUUUUCAGAAACCCGUCCUCCUUUAUACACCUUAAAGCAUCGUACACACUCCCCUUUGUCACAUUUGGAUACAUUGUUUUGUGCCUCGUUGAUACUUCGUUUUCUUCCCUUUCGUUUCGUGGUUGUUUUUACGUCAGAAUCUUUUAGCCGUUUCCCUCGCACGAAAAGACGACAUAAUGCGGUUGGUGAUUGGUCAGAGGAGCCGCUGAUCGACCAAUCAGACGCGCCGACGCUGGCCUCACUGUUUCUAAGGAUGAAGGGUAUUUAAAUAGGUGUAGGACGUCAUGUCAUUUGUUCUAUUUUUAGAGUGUUUUUUUUUCACGAUUUUGAAUUUUGAAUUUUGUUUUUUGUUUUUCGGCGGUUUUGUGUCGUGCCCCCCUCCUCUUUCACAUUGUAAAGCCCAGAAUGAAACAACACUAGUGCAAUAUACUGUAAUGUACACUGUAGUCUCAUCCAACAGUCUGUGGAGGCGCGUUUACACCAAGGAUUACGGUAACAAUGCUAAACUGUCUGUAUUUAUUUAAAAUGUUGAAAGGUCUAGACUUUGUGCUUGAUUUCAGUCUCUCUAAACUCUUUAAAAGUAACAUGAUUUGGCUGUCGUGAGGUUAAACUGUUGAAGAAAUUGUGUACCGUAGUGUUUGGUGUAAAAGAGCCUUUUGUGGAUAAGGCUUUUUCUCACACUCUCUGUACAGUAGAAUGUAUGUAACUAGGAUAAAACUGCACCACGAAAAACUCUAAAACCAGUGGAAAAUUUGAAGUGUCAUUUUAACCAAGGGCCUGGCUGCACCGAGAUAUGCAAGUGUCCCAAACGUUUACUAGGUCUGGACCAGGUCUGGACCAGGUAUAAACUGGGACUUUUUAAAAUGGAAUUGGUCCUUAUUUCUCAAUCCUGCUCCUCAGAUUUUCUCUCCACACGUCUGUCGCAUCACCCAUAUUAACUAUUGAAAUAAUAAAAUGAAACAUUUUUGGUCGCAGCAAGGAACUGUAGUGGCUCGUCCCAAAUGCAUUUAAACUGCGUGUUGCCAGGCGCUUGGUAAAACCUGUAGACUAGUCCUACAUUUGAGCUGUUUAAUGCACUUGUACCAUAUGGAAGCACUCCUGGCUGCUGCGAACUCAAAAUAUUUGAGAUGUAAUUAUUAUUUUCUUUUGUUUUUUGGACCUCAAAGUUUCACCAAAACUGGACGCUCGGCAGUCUGUAUCGUGUAGUGUGGCCUGAAUCUCGGUAAACUCUAACUUAAACAAACUAAAUAGUAGCCAUGUUUUUAUUACUGUGUAAUAGUCGGUGCGUGUGACGGUUUGGGAGAGAAUCAUUCCUACGGGGCACAGGGACAGAAGACUGCAUGUUGUAAAUGUACCUGUGAUUAAAUAAUUAUGACAAAUGUU